AUGGAUAAGCCAACAAAGAACGAAUACCUGGAAAAACCGUUGAAGGAGGAGUUUAUGGAAAAGUCGAUGGAAAAUGAAUAUCUGGAAAAACCGUUGAAGAAGGAAAACAUGGAAGCAAGUGAUGUGUUGAGAGACAUCAAUGCUCCAGUAUCAUUGGAUAGGAGAUGGCAGUCGUCAAUGGAGCAGCUCACUAAAAACACUGAUGAUCUGAUGUUCAAGAGUGGUGGUGAUGUUCUUACGAGUACCGAAGUGAUGUCAUCGUCAGAAAUUGCAUAUCCUUCAAUAAAGAGGAAAGAAAAUAUGAGCUUGUCGAAGCGGCUGCAACAAAAGCUGGAACAACUGAAAGACAAGCAUCCAGAAAGAUACGUUGAGUACCUUGCCGGUAAAAGCAGAAACUCAUUUCCCAUUACCAAGGACGAGACAACCACAUCGUCUGAAGCUGAAGUCCUCAAUGCCGAAGUUAUGGAUACCGCAUCACUUGUUACGCCUGCAAAGCCCAAAAGUCCAAGAGCGCAAUUCUUUGCAAAGAGGAUCAACUUCUCCGAUGACUAUCCCUUCGUCAAGAAGCACAAAGAAGGAGGAGAAACAGACAUAAGAAGGCAAGAGCCAAGAAAACCUAAGCAAGUAAAGUUAAAUUCCGCUCCAUCCUUCAUGAACAAAGCACGAUCCUUCCUGAGUAAUAUUCUGGGUGGAGGAAACAGUGGCGAAAGCAGCAAUCAGGCUGAAAGCUCGGCCGAGCUAGUAACGGCGUCGAAAGGUAGGUAA